UGCCUGGUUCUGCCCCGGCCCGGGGCCCGUGCCCCGGCCGCAGCCUGUCACCGGAGCCCCCGAGGGGCCCGAGCCUUCGCCGCGGGCCGCCUCCGUCCCCAGGUCCCCGGCCGCCGCGAGGGGCUGUGCGAGGGCUGUCUGCCCCGGCGGAGGCCGGUCUGGGGCGUGCGGGGCCUUUCUUUUUUGUUCUCCGCUUUGUCACGCGCGUCGGCAUCCGAAGUCGAAGGCGUGCAGCCCCGAAGUCGCACUAGUGCGGGUCCCGCGGGGGUGACGCGCCGGGGGAGGGCGGGUGGCCGCCGCGCGCCGCUCACCUCCGCGUCCUGGCGCUCGGGCGCCGCGGGUGCCCACGUUGGCAGCGGUCGCGUCCGGGCAGGUGACCGGAGCCCGUCUCCGGAUGCUCCAGGUUCCCCCCUGGAUGUGUAUUUCCCACCUAUGACUGUGUGGAGCAUCCAGAGAACUUUUGCUCCGCUGUAAAAAUAGCCUCCUGGGUUUAUAGAUAGUUUCUGUUUCACACCCUGUUUGAUGUCUGUAAUGAUUUUUUUUUUUUAAGGUAAAAUAAGAAAAUACCUACUUUGAUGAGUGUUCUUUUUAGCGGAAUUUAAGGACCAUUGUAUUGGGAAUGCCAUGAUGUUGCUGGUCAUUUUCAGAUACCCCUUUUCCAAAUUUGCAUAACCAAACUUGGGUGGCUUUCAUGGGUCGGAGAUUUUCUUUGUCUGGUUUGGGGUCUCCGAGGCCCUACAGCUCGAAAUUCCGCAAAUGUUGAGGGACAUUCCUAGGGGUGGAUUGUUAAGAUGUCCCACAGUCUGAUGAAAUAUUUAACAGCUUUCGAGUGACUCUGUUUGGCUUAUAGCCACCAGAUUGACUCAAAUUUCGGCAGUUUUAGUAUUUUUGAAAUUUUUGGAGCAUGAAACCAGAAGAGCAGUGGAGUCUCUUGGCGGUGUGGUCCUUCCUGUUUAUGUUAUAGAAGAUUAAGUCCUCACAUAUCCUUAUGAGGAGGACAGCGAUCCUCAGAUCCUGUGGCUCCUAAGAGGUGGAACCAGAGUCCGACACUGGCAGUAGGUUCCAGAGUUUGUUCUCCUGACCCUGCCCCGAGCUGCCUGGUGGCUGUACAGCAUCUGUCUCCGAGCAGCUGCUCAGUACAUUUGAACGGGCUCAAGAAAGGAGCAUUUUGAAAGAUUAUCAGAAUACUUCCCUUGAGAUUCUCCCCCAGCCUUUGAGAUGAUGGGACUGGGAAACGGGCGCCGGAGCAUGAAGUCGCCGCCCCUCGUGCUGGCCGCCCUGGUGGCCUGCAUCAUUGUCCUGGGCUUCAACUACUGGAUCGCCAGCUCCCGGAGCGUGGAUCUCCAGACCCGGAUCCUGGAGCUGGAGGGCAGGGUCCGCAGGGCGGCGGCGGAGAGAGGCGCGGUGGAGCUGAAGAAGAACGAGUUCCAGGGAGAGCUGGAAAAGCAGCGGGAGCAGCUCGACCGCAUCCAGUCCAGCCACGACUCGCAGCUGGAGAGCGUCAACAAGAUCUACCAGGACGAAAAGGCCGUUUUGGUGAAUAAUAUCACCACAGGUGAGAGGCUCAUCAGAACCCUGCAAGACCAGUUGAAGGCCCUGCAGAAGAACUACGGCAGGCUGCAGCAGGAUGUGCUCCAGUUCCAGAGGAACCAGACCAACCUGGAGCGGAAGUUCUCCUACGACCUGAGCCAGUGCAUCAGUCAGAUGAAAGAGCUGAAGGAGCAGUGUGAGGAGCGAAUAGAAGAAGUCACUAAAAAGGGAAAUGAAGCUGUUGCUUCCAGAGACCUGAGUGAAAAGAAGGACCAAAGCCAGCAGCUCCGAGCCCCCAGUGAGCCUCAGCCCAGGCCACAGGAAGCGGACCUGCCCCAGGCAGAGGUGCCUCAAGUGAAAGGAAGCAUGCCCAGCAAUGGUGAUCCCCAGACACCAGUCCCCAGUUCUGAGGCGGCUUUGGAUUUGAAGAGACAAGGUGGGAAAAAGGAAAUCAACGAGAUUCAGGUCGCCAGUGAGGAGCUUCCAAGGGACAGCCUGGGGCUGCCCCGGGAGCCAGGCCAAGAGCAGGCUGUGGAGGAAGGCCGACCAGUGGGUGGAAGAGGCGUUGGAGAAGCUGAAGCAGUUGGCCGAACGCCACAGGUGCCAGGAGUGAUGCCGGCGAGCCAAGAAAAUCAGGACACGGAGGACCUGGAGCGGGACCAGCUUGUCAUCCCCGAUGGGCAGGAGGAAGAGCAGGAUGCUGAUGAGGAAGGGAGACACCAGCAAAAGCUAGGAGGAGAGGAGAACUACAACAUGGAUGAAAAUGAGGCAGAAUCGGAAACAGAUAAGCAGGCAGCCCUCGCAGGGAACGACAGAAACCUGAACGUUCUUAAUGCUGGAAAUCAGAAAGGAGACGUAAAUUUACUUGAUCAGCGUGAAAAGAGGAAUCACACAGUCUGAAUCAACUGGAAUCAUAUACUUCAUGUCAGGAUUGAACAGAGAUCACUACAAAAUAUGAGGGGUUGAAUACUGUGAAAUGUACUAAAAUAUACAUCUAAAGAUGAUUAUUGUGGAGUUUUAAUAUGUACUUCAUGUAGGAAAAUGACUGUGUUGUAGAUGGUUUUUUUGAAGUAUUUUUACUAAGGUGUCAGAAUUUGUCAGCUAAUAGGUAUGAGAAGAUCAGCGCCAAAAACAGAACCCAAGUUCUCCAAGUAUGGUGACAGUGGCACUUAAAAAAUUCUGGAAUGUAACUUUGUUUAAAAAAAAUCAAAGCCUGUAGAAGAGUCUGUCUUCUGACACCAAGAGACCCACCGCACCUGAGAAUUCUUCUCUGGUCCCUCUGGUGUCCCGCUUCACACGCUGUGCUGAGUGGCCGGUACCAGCCCGGUAUUUGUUCUCACAGGUCAGUGCCGAACGAUUCCUGGCUUAUACUCUCAUGCGCUCACUUCUGGUUCCGACAGUCAGUGGCCUGGAGUACAAAACUGUUAACACAAACAUCACUAGCGACAGUUUUAAACAAGUCUACAUACAAAGACAUUUUAUGUGAGAAUUUUUAAAAAAACUUCUAUAACCUUUGUCAUUAUGUACAAAAAUGCUUCUCAGUGACUUGUAAUUUGAAUAUUUGUGAUCUCUCAGUUUGCUUAGUAUGUGUGGGCAAAGCAAAAUCUUCUCUAUUAAGUCCCUAUUACCAAGAGCCAUGAGUGGAUUAGACUUUUGACACAACAGGGGCCAAACCAGAGCUGACCCUGGGGCCUGUAGCAGAGCACGGGGCGGGGAGAGGGGGCAGCACAGCACUGCGGGGGCACGUUUGCUGUGGACUGUCCACUGCACCAUUACAGGAAAAGGAGAGGAAGUUGAUGUUAAGAGUAUAUACAGUGUGACACGGGGAAAGUUUAGAAAGGCAAGAGAAAUUAACAGUUGUUUUUGCCAUAGUCUAUACAUUUGGCUUGUGGUCAAUUGACUAUCAAACGUGAUUUAAAAAUCAAUGUUAAUUUGAAAAGGACUAAUCAUAAUUCACAUUGAGUUGCUUCUCCGUAUUUCCAGUAAAUAGGCUCUUUCCAUUUACUAAUGACUGGCAGAGUCACACUAAUGACUCUCAGGUCUUAAGGGUGAGUGGGUAGUGAUAUUAAAUACAAGUCAGAGGAUUUGAGAUGCAGGAGCCUCAGAUCACCUGCUAUAACCACUCAACUUCAGACAGGAACCGGGGGUCCAGAGAAGUUAAAGAACUACACAGGCCAGACAGCUGGUGAGCUGGAUGCCUGGCCCCUCACCUGGUCUGGACUCAUGGUGCCCCUGGCUGGCACUGAAGGCAGGACCUGGUUUGCAUUCAGGUUAAGAUCUCCAAUGUGAAUGUUACUCAUGUAGGUACCUUUUUACUUAAUUACGAAGAUUAAACUUUUCUACCCGGAAAAGGCAACUAACGAAGAGUGUUAAAAAUAGCCUUGUAAGGUUUUAUCUAAGCCCUUGUCCAACUUCUCUUUGUGUCUUAGCCUUAGGAUAAUCUCUCUUGCCUUUUCAAUAAAACGUCUAUUCAUUCCAUGUUUAAUCAGUGUGCACAGAGUUCUAAGAAACAAGACUGUUAGUUCAGCUGCUUUGUUUUCCUUUACUGCCCUAUUGGAUUCCUGAAGAAUCAGCUUGCAAAUUAUAGAUUAAGAAUGGUGGUUUGCCUUAAACCUUUUGUGGACUGAGAUGGGAUGUCAAUAUAAAUAAAAAAUAACCACGCUGUUUCCAUCUUCAUGUACAAAGGCACCAAAGGCCAUUUGUUCAGGAGGUGUGUACUGUGAGUAAUCUCUCCAGUCAUGAUUUCUUACCACCGGCUUACCUUGACAUCACAUAGGCAACCUAUUCUGAGGCAACAAUUUAUAGAGGUGUCAUGGCUUUUUUUUUUUUUUUUUUUAAAGCAAAACAAAAACCUGUGUAAUACGGAAGUAGAUGGCAAACCCCCCACUUUGGUCUUCUGGUUUCAUCCAAAAUUAAUCAGCAGCUAUUCCAAUUUUUAAUAGGUGUGAACUAUUUAAUUUACACCUUCCUCUGUAUUCUCAAAUGGUAUGUAGACAGGAAUGUGAUGACUCUUUUCUUCUCCAGAUGGGACUGUAGAUUCCCUGCGCGAUACUCAGACUUUUUGAGUAAUGAAAGCACUGCACAUACUUAAUGUACUUUUGUGUGAUGGAAUUUGACAAACCAAUACCUGUUAAGUCAGUGUGCGGUCAUUAAAUAACUAGAUUGGUAACUGG